UUCAAAGUUAAUGGUUUAUCGAAAAGUUGACAGCUGUCUACAGAAACUAAACUAUUCUCUCCUAAAAUCGUAUUGAUUUUGAACAUCCUGUCGUCAUCUACAAGAAUGGCAGGGGGACGAAGAGGUCCUGGAAGACCUCAGCUUAGUCGGACAGCCCCACCUCCACCAAUUCAUGCUGCUAAUAUGGGAACUGCUGGGCAAACGACCAUGACUACAACCAUCAGACACAGGAAUGGGCCUGGUGCUAUGCCAGCUAGUGCCCCACUGACCACGCUUAUUACGAUUACACCAAUCCAUCAUCCAUCUAUCCCAGUCCUGCCAGUAGAGGGCAGUCUUACCUUCGAAGUCACGGUGGUCCUCUACCUAUUUACUGUGCUGUUUCUACAGUAUGUGAACAUCUACAAGACUGUCUGGUGGCUGCCUCUGUCACCAUCUCAAACAGCUAUGAACCUGUACCUGAUUGAUCCAUACCUUGUUGUCUUCAUUGUAAUUGUACUGACCAGACGUCUUGUGUGGAACUUGGUUACAGAGGUCUACAAAGACGCCACUGUUUUCUCAGUCCUGUAUUACCUGAUCAAAUCCAUCAAACUUGUCAUCGCUAUUGGCGUCAUUGGAGCAGCCUUGUGGUCCCUAUGGAAACUGUUCCUCAGCAACUCUCCCUUGAAUUUGUUCUUCCUUGCUUACCCGUUGGUUUCCUACUUCCUCCUCUACGGCUUGACCUUUGACCUUAACAAAUCCGUUUUCGCCACAACCAUCAAUAAACUUCUUCAGAAAGGGGAGACAUCCACAAACCACUCCUCACCUGAGAAGACCCUCUCCCCAAUACCAAAUCUGUCUCCCAGUGAGCCGAUCCUACAUAAGUGUACUCAUAUCGCUGUGGAGGUCCGCAAGGAGGCAGAUAUCUUGAAGUAUGACUUCAAUGCUCGGAUGAAGAAUGUGCUUUUCAAUUCAAUGGUGUGUGCUUACUAUGUAGGAUUCGUUCCUAUAUGCUUUUUGCAGCCGUCCAUGAAUCUUGAUCUAUGGUGGGCAUGUCUGAUGAUUGCCUUCGUCUGGAUUAAUUCCUUCAUCAUGUUCAGCUCUCAUUUCUUGCCAGCAUAUUACUGCGACACACUCCAUCGAUGUUCCCUCCAUCUUGGCAAAUGGCAGAAAGUGGAUCACGGCUACGGCAAUACUCCACAGCACUUAUGGUCUGAUUCAACAGUGUGGCCACAGGGUGUCUUAGUGCGAUACAACAAGGGUCUUUACAAAGCAAUGGGACAACAGAAUGUAGCUCUACCGUCAGAGGGAUCCUAUGGUAGAUUCUAUUUUAUGUUCCACCAGCCUUUGAGAGUCUUGAAUGGCCUUCUUAGCCUUCAGGUGGUUGUCAUCUUAUUCCAGUUGUACCUUCUUGCAAUGCACUCUCACUGGAAUCAUGUUAUCUCCCUGUCUCUACUCCUCUUCUGUAACUACUACGUUCUCUUCAGGCUUCUGAGAGAUCGUUUUAUCCUGGGCCAGGCUUACCACGUCAAAGAGCAAGACGUUGAAUAACCUUCAAGUCUGUCUCUUUUGUAAAUACAUUAUAUUCUGUUCAUACUAAGGAAAUAGACCUAGGAGUAGCUGCUUCUCUUUUCUCUGGAAUUUGUCUUCUGUCUACAACCCAAGAUGACUUCAUCUGGAGUCAUGCAGACCACAUGGAAAGGGAAGUAUUACAAGCCAAGUAGAUAUUAGUUUCAAUGCCACAAACCAUCUGAUCUCACGAUAGAUGAGUCUUCAAGUUGUCUUUGAUAUGAAGUUGUAAAUCAGUUGAUAAACAAAUCUUUAGAUUUUACUGAGUAGUUAACAUUUAACUAAUGUUUAAAUUUGUUAGUUAUUUACUUUUGUCUGCACUAAGUUACUAGAAGGGGAAUGUUAUUUACAUUCAUAUUUUUGAUAUUUUGCUGUCAUCACAAACAAAUAAUUUUUUUAAAAUGGCUUUUUAAAAUGUAAUAAACCUUACAUUUAAUGCAUAGAAACGAACGAUGUGUUAUCAUUAUUUUUUAAUGGUGGAUUAUAAUGAACCUUUCCCUUUCCUAGCAACCUGUAUGUAAAAACAAAGCAAACGACAAAAGAAAUUUGCUUUUGAAUCUCAGACUCGUUUUCAUUUGUGAGAUUAGAUUACAUUGUGUUUGGACCGUUAUAGCAUUGAGUGCGUUGUCUCUUGAGAGAUCCUGAGCUCAGAACAAUAACUUUUGUGGUUUUAAGAUUGUUGUAAUAACAUAGCUGUGAUAAUCAAGUUCCUUGGUCACAUCCCUUAUGACUAUCACAAGAAUCUUGAGCUUACUUAUAGACCUUAUGCAUUGACGUCAUCCAGCCGCAAUCCUAGAGGUAAAACGGUGACAAAACAAUCAAAGCGCACAGAUUUAUACGUGCGCACACAGGAUUGGCCAAUGAACAACUGCCUUUUGACCUCUGGGUGAGGGCACCCUACUGAAUUGGCGUCAUGUGCAUAAUGUCUAUUGAAUAGUGUUCCUAAAUGUUUUGCCCUUGAAUGUCUCACUCUUGUGUUAUGAUUUAUAAAUCCAAUAUAUGAUUGCUGUGCUCAAAAAGUGUUGCCCAUUAUGAAGUCACAAAGCCAUUAGAAGGGUUUACUGUCUUUAGGGUAACCAUUCGCUGCAACCACCUUUGACCUCAUCACCAGUGAUUCUCUCAUAGGUAGGUCAAGCAGUCCGCGGCUACUAGCUAGUUAAAGCCAAAACCAAGGCCAGAAAGCUCGUUUACCGCCCUGUGUAAAAGUAUUUUUGAAACGGCUGGCUUAUCUGAAGCCCCGGAAACGGGUUCCAAUGGACAGAAACAAUGUGGAACUGCCAGGCUUUGUCUGUAAGUGCUUUACACAUCGUCUGAUUGUAAUUAAGCAUGACGCCUUAUAAUGUGUUCAGCAGUUUGUUCAAACGCGCAUUGGGGUUGGAGGUUGAGCAUGAAGCUGAGUCCGCAGUUUCGAAAAGGCUUGUGGUUGAGGGGGUGGUAUAAAGGAGACUGUUUAAAAAGAAAAUCCAAUAAAUUUGACGGGUCCCCUGUCUUUAUCCGCAGACAUGCACUGACUGUGUUUUCAGGCCCACAAAUGAUAUCAGUCGAUCAGUCGUUUGUCACCGACCAGCAAUAACAAUUCUGAAUAACAGUUUAUUAAACUAUAGCAAGAUUCAGAGCUUGCAAUACAUGCAAACAGGCCACUUCACAUCCAAAAGGUUUCCUUGUUCUGUGCCCUCUAAUUCCAUUUGGGUGAUAAUUUGUAUGUGUGAUUAGCACUGCAUUGAAAUAUACAUGCAAUGUUGGUGUGAGAACUCGGGAAAUAACAGGGAUGUCAUUUAUGUUAGUGUCAUUGUUUACCGUUUUUUUCUGCUGGCUCCUCUGAAGUUCUUCAUGUUUUUGUAGUUUACAUUUUGUUUAGUAUAAAUAGUAUUUAUGGAGUUGAGGAGAGGGAAGCUUGCUGGAGAUACAAAUAGCUUAGAAAGUCUUGGUUAUCAAUUAAUAUUUGUCAAACAUUUUAUAGUAAAAGGAGGUUUGUAAGUACCCUCUUGCUCUUCAUUGUUGUUUGUGUAUGUGAUUUUUAUACACAGAAUAGUUGUCCUUUGUUUACAAAAGCAAUUUUUUUGUAAGUUAUAUGGGUCCCAACAAUAAGGGUCAACUUAAAGUUGCUCACAUGUUAAAACCAUUGCAGUACAGAGACAAACAAACUGUUUACGUUUAAAGAUCUUAAGUAAUUAAGUGAUAUAAUAUGAAUACAAUUCUAACUUUAAAACUAGAAAAAUAGUUUGGAAAACAACAUGUGAGUUUCUUUACCCUCAAACUGUAUGUUGUAUUUUGUUUUUUGUUUUUUGUUUAUGUAGUCAAAAAGUUUGAUGCAUCAGUUACCAUGUCUGUAAUUAAAAGUCAGUGUUAUAUGUAUGUCUUUCUUUUUGGUGCUUUGAGGACAAAUACAAUGUACAGAAAAUAUACUUUCGAACACAUGUUAUACAUAAUGAAUAUUCAAUAACCCUUUUUAAUAUUCAUCAGGACCAAAUCUUGCAGUUACAAUUUGUACUUCAGCAUACAAACUUAAUAAAACCAAUGAGUAUUCCUGUUGUAGAGACAAACUGUUUCCACAAAAUCUGCAUUAUAGUUUUUGUUUAUAAAAUAGGGUGAUACUAACAGUUAUAUCAGGCAGUAACGAUAAAUAAAGAUUUACCAACAUAUUAAAUGCUUUAACUAUUUAUUUUUUGUAUUGCAAAACUGCCAAGGCUUUGAUUACAAGCCUUGAUCCAUCUUUCAAAAGUCAUAUGUUUACUUUUUGGGGGUUUUUGUGGUCGGAUAUCACUUGAAAUAGCACUGCCUGGGGACCUUAUAUUCAGAAAGAUAAAACACUCUCAGCUCAAUUUCACUUUAAAGCCAAAAUAUUGACAAUUCAAAAGAAAAAUGCCUAUUUUUGGUAAUUUUUUACCCAGGGCUGAUGAACUGAGUGCGAUGGUAUAGAUUAAAAAUGAUAAUUGAAAAAACAUUUACACAGUCCGCAAAGUGAAAAGAUCUAUACAGCCAAAUUGCAAGUUCUUGAUGCAAAAAGGUAAAAGAAAAAGCUAAUGAAUGGCACAAAUAAUAAGCUUUUUCAGUUAGUAUCUCUUUUGGGAUAAAUACUUCCAGUCGGUUGGUUGGUUUAAUUGGCAAAAACUAAGCAAAUAAGGUUGUCACCGAAAGUUAUGAGAUGGUCAGGCAUGUUUGAAUCAUGCAGGGAAAAUCCUGUUUUCUGUUGUCGAUUGAUGUCGAACCGAUGUCGAUUGGUUAUCAACAUCAAACUUGUACAAAAUUCAUGUUCCUCAGAUCAAUUAUAUCAGUGAAGUUUUUGCCAAAAAUGUUCAAAUAAGAAGAGGGAAGUUAACUAACUUUUUCUUCAUCCAAUGGUAUAGUUUACUUUUAAACUGAGAUGAUUUCUUUUCCAGAGUUCCUCAAAAAGAGAUUAAAGUGUUGUUUGAGGAGAUUUGGCUCAACUUCAAAUGAGAUUUGUUGCCCCAAGUUGCCCAGUUUUAAUUAUUUUGUUUAGUUUAUUGUAACUUAAAGUUUAUUCAAACUUAUUUGAAUGUUUUCCAGUAUUGAGUCACUUGAGUAAUCAUUGGUUGUAUUUGAACAAGUCCAGAACCACAAAUAAACAACUGUCUGUUCUUCCAA